UCACAUGGAUACCGCAACAGGCUUCGUUGCCGAAACGAGCAGAUAUGUCUGCAAGGCGGCGUCCCGGCGGCCCGGUCAGACAGCUGUCGCUGCAACAGUCAGCCGCCACGUCGUCUCGACGCCCACUGAGGAAACAGCAGUCCGUAGAUGCUGACCGCCGCCUCUGGUCGUCCAUCAACAGCAGUGGCGAUGCCGGCCUGCGGGUCACUGCGAGCUCUGUGGGGGCCGGGGGGCACUUCCCACAGGAAUCCUCCACCACCAAUUCACCCACAGGUGUCGGAGCAGUGACGAGGCCUCAUCCGGUCAAGGUGGCGUGGACCGACCGUCGGCAACAAGACAGCAGUAAUAGCAAUGUCGUGGUGGUAGCUAAGCGCUGCACAGGACAGCCCAGGCCAGUCAGCUGCAAGCCUCAGCGGCCCGCUACCGGCAACCUGCCAUCUAUCGGCGGUGAGAAGGACACCAUCCUGUAUACGCGCCAGCAACUCGCGGAGAGGCUCAGGCGGGCCUGGCGAGAGCGAGAGGAGAACAGGCCAAACCUGGACAUCUUCCUCGCCCACAGCAACAUGGUGUCGACAGAAGAGGACGACUCACACAUCUCAGAUCCUACAACAGACACAGGCCAGUCACUGUUACACGUUCGUGAAGACGUCUCUCCUGGCGGGGAUGCGUCAUUCUACACAUCCAGGAACGUCCACCGAGAUCCUAACAGUGAAAUGAACAAUCAGCCGGCCCCUCAAAAUAUAAGCAACUUCUUACCUUAUUCAUCAGCUGUUGGAAUUUCUAAAAAUCUGUCCAUCCAGAAAAACAAUAAGGCACUGCCACUUAAAAUUAACCACCCUACAAAACAAACUGACAUCAGCGUUGUCGAGUCGCUUCUCAGUAGAAAAGUCAACGAAUAUCCUAAACAAAUAUCUCAACAAACAGAACGCCGUGACAAACCCGCCCCCACUUGCAGCAUUAGCGGACAUGAAAGUACAGAAAACAGCCCAUACACAUAUUUCCGCAGCCACAUCAAUGUCGGAGGGUCCACAGCGAAGAUUAAUUUCAAUGUUUUUCCGAAGUCAGAUAUCAGAGUUUCUUUGAAACCAUCUUUCCCAUGCUUUAACUUAGAAAACAGCAAAAUGCAGAGCCAUAGCGACUCAGAAAGCAGUACAUCGGAGACCACUUCCAGUAACAAGUCUAUUGGGACGCCACACCAAAUCAUGGAGACAUGUCCUGAUAUGCUGAAUGUGACUGAGGACAAGAUUCUAGCGCGAACCGAAUCAGCAGUCAUUACUGGCUCAAUUGAUUUUGAUAAGAGUCCACGGCUUAGUGAAAUAACAAAGGAAUGUGACCGAGAAAGCGAUUCCGAGGGCCGUUACUCGAACAGCAAAAUAGUGGUUGACGUUGUUCCCCGGAAGGAAGAAACACUGUCCGGAGAUUCCAUGGAGCCUUCUCCUUCCGAUGUUUCCGUUGAGCAGUCUCCUCUCUCAUGUAUGGAAAACGGACAAGAAACAUUAAAUAACAUCGAGGAAACAAAGGAGAAUAAUAUCAAUGCCUACAGCACGAAGAAUUUCGUUAGUGUUAGAAACAAAGAAAGUUGCAAAGUGGUUCAGCCGUCACAGACUCACGCACUCAGUACCGCUCAAACCAUGUCUGCAGCCGCGCGGCGCGUCAACUUCCGCAACAGCGUUAACAAGGCGAUCACGGGAAGUUUUUCAUCCGACGCGCCACCUACCUCAGCAGUUUCUAGCGUCAGCAGAUCGACACCAACUCCGCCCCUGAGUAGAGCCCUAUCUGCACCUCCCCAGAAACCUGGCAAAGGCAUUCUGGUGCACAGGAACAAGAACAGCACGAGUGUCGACAUAUCUUCAGAUGUGACCGACGGGGAUGAGGAAGCUCUGGUCCAGACACGAGGAGACAGGAACAUCAUGUCAGCCCCCGCCAGGCGACGUUUACGGACGGCAGGUCCUCGCCGCAAGGCCGGAAGUCGCGGUGAAGAAUCUUCAGGGGACGAAGCGGAGGCUGGCCCCAGACAGAAGCAGAAGAUCUCAGCAGGACGACGCGGCCUAUCUCGCGGGGCAGAGAUCGUGACCAUGGUGUCCCUAGUGAGUGACGGAAGCGACGCAGAAGGCGACGCGACCGGACCAUUCCUCCAGCCCGCACCCUGGCUGGAAGAAAGAAACAGUCCCGCUGGGCAGAAUCAGAGGGAGCAAGUCAUCUGUCUCAAAAAGUCGCCCAAGUCUGUUUCGUUCCAGCAGCAGCCACCGGUCCCUCUGAGGGCUUCGUCGGCCCUUCACGUCAAUCGUCGAGUUAUCAUUGCAACAGCCGCAGGACGAGACAGCCAAGGAGUCCCGGCGGGAAACAUUUCAGGGAAAGCACCGAGCAAGGCAGAGAGUGAGGGAGUCAGCAGGCACAAGGCCACCUGCGCCCACGACACGGAGAGUGAGAAGCUACCGACGGCUCCUGUAAAAGCGGAAGCAGAGUGCCUCAGUGAGCUUCCGGUGCAGGCCUGUCUAGGAGCAGGGCCACCAGAGGAACGAGCCACUCCGUGCCAGAAUGAGGCUUCAUCCUCCAGCCCGCCUGACGUCACGACUGAGCCUCCCAGCGCAGGUCUGGGCGUAAUAGUGGCCCACAUUUUGACACCAGAGCCGCAGCCCAUCCCAGAGCCCGUUCCUCCAGAAGACGCGGCAGAGCCAGAGUUCCAGACGCCCAAGGAAAGAGAGUGUUGGCAGCUCUACCGCCGGAUGCUUGAGAAGGGCGUCAGCGUCUCGUACGACACCGUCCUGAGGGGAAUGCUGACGCCUACAGAAUACCGUCUGCGCCGCGACGCUCUGCUGUCCACGUGCUAGUCGGUCCGUCCUGUACUCCGUCCAUAUUAGCACUGCCUAACCGCAGCAGUUGGUUCGACACCGUCAGACGCCCGAGUUGACACGCUGCUGUAAUAUUUUUUUUUGGCUCCAUCCAUCUCGGCCGAGCGUACGUAUGGUGACUGUGGCUGUUCCGGCUACAGCCGUCUGGGUCGUGACGCGGUGCAAUUUGGUAGGCAGUCUGUUUUACUGAGCACGGCACUCUCUCGUGUGAUUAAUAUAAAUUUACAUUCAUUUUUAAGGAUAAUCUGUCGGUACUGCAAGAUCGCAAAGUUCAAAUAUGUUUUAAACAAAACGAUUUCUGAUUCUGACACUUUGAAGCCUGAAGAUAAACGGAGAAAGAGAGAGAAAGAGAUAAGGGGGAAGGUCAAACCGACGAUUAACUUCGUGUGCGGACGUAACCUAGGGCCUGAGCACUGCUCACUAUCCUGGGCGUUCAGUGAAAAAGUCUAUUCACGUUAGAUGAUAAGUUUUGCGAAACAUCGGAGAAAAAAGAAGGGAAGGUAGUAAAGAAGUAGGUGUAGAGUGAAAGUCGUGGGAAAAGCGAAGAACACUACCUGAAAAUAGCAAGCAAUAAUGGCUCCCAGCAAGGCUGCGGAAUUUUGUAUUCUCUGAAUUAAAAACUACAUCCUUUGGAAGGGUCUUUUUGGGAUUUUUCAGAGUACGGGGUUUAAUUUUGAUGAGUUGAAAUCUUGAGAGCUUAUAACCAGUAUUUACAUCAUUCGCAGAGCACACGAAGGCCAAUCGGUGAAUGUCAUUUAGAGAAAUAUUAGCUGUUUAUUGUGAGAAUAACACGAACGCACACUAUGUGGGCUGAUUAUUAUAUUGGUCUUUGUAACAGAUAUGCAGUAUUUUCUCUGUGAGGCAGAACUGGAUUUUAAAUAGUAUUUAGGUGAACUUCAGGCUUCAAAGAGUAAGUGGUAGUCUAUUUUCCUCCGGAAGGACACGAGGAGUGUGACAGGAUAUCGCGGUUAGAAGGAACUGUCUGCAGUACCCAUGUGCGUUAUACAUGGUAGAGUCGUUAAGUGUGUGGACUGUGGUUUUAUCGCAUCAUAUUACAAGAUAUUCACAUACACUUAC